CGCAUCGGGUUUUGAAGAGGCGCAAAGUUGUUUGUGGAUCGUGCUGCGGUUUCGAAGUGAUAAAGUUUUACUUGUUAGCGGUACAUUUGUUAGGGAGCGUUAUAACUCCUCCGAGAUAUAAACGUAGAGGUUGGGUAGUGAAGUAGUUACCGAGAAAUAACUAUCAGGUGCCAUGGCCAGCGAAGCCGACGUUUUCAAUAAUGCCGUACAUACUGAGCACGCUGAUGCGUCUGUGAUGGGCGCGGAGGACGGCGAGCUUGUGUCUUCGGACAACGACGCAAAGCGCCCGUCGACGGACGGAAGAAUAAAAAGGAGGGCGAAACGACCAUCUAAGAUGCUCGCGUCCGGAGACGUAAGCCCCGUCGUGGUUGCGACCACGCGAACGCACCCGCAGUUCAGGAAGAACAGCCGAAGGCCUAGGAAUGGUCAUGGAAGGGGUCAGCCGAAGAAAGGCGGCGCUGGGGGAAAGGGCACAUGGGGAAAGCCGGGCAGCGAGCUCUCCGUCGACGACGAGGACAUCACGGCCGACGUGCGAGAUCCAAACUACGAUUCUGACAAUCAGGAGAACUACGAGUUUGAGUCGAUAACUCCGGAACUCACGGAAGAUGAGUUUGAAAAGACUGUCUAUCCGCUGCUCCUCGAGUAUUUCGAGCAUGGCGACACCAAUGAGGUUGUGCUUUCCCUGGAAGAAUACAACCUCAACCACAUCCGGCCAAACUUGGCCUGCCUGGCCAUCUCGUUGGCCAUGGAGCGCAAGCCUUCACAUCGGGAGAUGACGUCGGUGCUCUUAUCGGACAUGUACGGCCGCAUCUUGGCGGAGCCGGACUUUGAAAAGGGCUUUCAGUUGCUGCUCAAGAGUCUUCCCGAUCUCGUCCUCGAUACCCCAGACGCAACAACGGUUUUGGGCAACUUCUUGGCCCGGGCCGUGGCAGACGACUGCAUUCCUCCCAAGUACGUGCAGCUGAACCUGGAGGAGACUGACUGUCCCUUGGCAAAGCAAACGUUGCAGCACGCGUGUACAUUGCUCAGCAUGAAGCACGGUCUGGUGCGCUUGGACAACGUGUGGGGGAUGGGGGGAGGGAUGCGUCCUGUAAAGUACCUGGUGAAGAAGAUUCAAAUGCUCUUGAAGGAGUACCUGUGUUCGGGUGACGUGAACGAGGCCAUCCGGUGCCUCCAGGACCUCGAGGUGCCGCACUUCCACCACGAGUUAGUGUACGAAGCGGUCGUCAUGGUGAUAGAAGACAUGGGUGACCUUGCCAUGGAGCUGAUGUGCAAGUUGCUCAAGGCGCUCGACGAGAGCGUCAUCGUGACCCCCGAACAGAUGAAGCGGGGUUUUGACCGGGUGUUUCAAGAGAUGCCCGACAUUUGCAUUGACGUCCCACCAGCGUACACAGUGCUCGAGAAGUUUGUGACCCGGUGCAGCGAGGCCGGAUUCCUGUCGCAGGACGUGGUUAAAGCUAUGCCGUCAAGGGGCCGCAAACGUUUUGUUUCCGAAGGGGACGGCGGUCGCCUCAAAGAGGAUGCCUACUGAACGUCACUUCAUCCUGCCCCGCUUUCUUUUCCGACGUUGUGUUACCUCCGCGUAGAGGUGUUUAGAAACCAUGUAUUUCAUGGCACCCGUGAAGUGUUUGAUAAACGACACUUGUUGAACCAAUGGG